AUGUCGUCCCAUAUAGUCGAGCCGCCGCCGACUCUGCCCAACAACAACAACAACAACUGCGAGGAAGGGGACCAGGCUUUGCCCCCGCCCGCCGGCCUCAAUAGUUCCUGGGUGGAGCUACCCAUGAACAGCAGCAAUGGCAAUGAUAAUGGCAAUGGGAAAAAUGGGGGGUUGGAGCACGUUCCUUCCUCAUCCUCCAUCCACAAUGGAGACAUGGAGAAGAUUCUUCUGGAUGCACAGCAUGAAUCAGGACAGAGUAGUUCAAGAGGCAGUUCUCACUGUGACAGCCCUUCCCCACAGGAAGAUGGGCAGAUCAUGUUUGAUGUGGACAUGCACACCAGCAGGGACCACAGCUCUCAGUCAGAAGAAGAAGUGGUGGAAGGAGAGAAAGAAGCUGAGGCUUUGAAGAAAAGAGCAGACUGGGUAUCGGACUGGUCCAGUAGACCUGAGAACGUGCCACCCAAGGAGUUUCACUUCAGGCACCCUAAACGUUCUGUGUCUUUAAGCAUGAGGAAAAGCGGAGCCAUGAAGAAAGGGGGCAUUUUCUCUGCAGAGUUUCUGAAGGUGUUCAUUCCUUCUCUCUUCCUUUCUCACGUGUUGGCUCUGGGACUAGGCAUCUACAUUGGAAAACGACUGAGCACACCUUCUGCCAGCACCUACUGAGGGAAGGAAAAGCCCCUGGAAAUGAAGCAUCACUUAUACUCUGAAGCCUUUAAACUCUGAAGAUAAUUAUUUCGGAGUUAUUCCAACCACAUGUGCAACUUUGAAAGACAGACUUGGGUUGUGGGAACAGUUGACAAAAUUCUGAAAAGAUGCCGUUUGUUUCCUUCUCAUCUCUCGUUAUUAAUGUUUGCUGUACAGUCUUCCCAAGGCAAUCCCUGUGAUUCUGCAGGCGCUGUUAAUUUUCUCAUGUAGCUAUUUUUUCAGUUAUGUUAAACUCUUAAAAUUCCAGAAGACUCAACCAGUUCCUUCAAUGAUACACUUUUUUGUUUGUUUCUAAAAUGUGAAG